GAUCCAUGGUCCUCCGGUCUCCACACCGAAGCCUCGCCGCCGCCUGCCAUGCCGCCGCUUCUCCCAGCCGCUGGCGGAUCCGUCGCUCGUCUCCCCUGCGCGUCCAUCCGCCUGCUCUGCACCGCCAUGGCCCCUCCUGAGACCACCUCCCCAUCCCACGUCCUCGCUCUGCCGCCCAUCGCCCGGUCCCCCGAUGCGGACGAGCUCGCGCGAGUCCUCCUCGCGCACCACAACCCAUUCCACCCGGCCGAGUCACCGCUCCAGCUCCUCUCCGGUGGCGGCGUCUCCCUCACCGGGGGCCUCCUCGUCCAGCUCCUCCUCCGCCUCCGCGGCGCGUCCAAGCUCGCCCUCUCGCUCCUCCACGCCGCGCGCCUCCACCCAUCCUUCGUCAACACGCGCCCCCCGCCCGACGCCUACGACGCUGUGGUCGACGCCCUCGCCCGCGCGCGCCAGUUCGACGCCGCAUGGCGGGUCGUCGUUGACGCCUCCGCCGACGGCGCCGCUUCGCCACGCUCGUUCGCAGUGCUCGCCAGGAGGUACGUCGCCGCGGGAAUGACGCGGCAGGCGGUCCGCGCGUUCGACGACAUGGAGGCGUUUGUUGGGAGGGAGGCCAAUUCCGCCGAGUUUGCCACGUUGCUCGACACGCUCUGCAAGUACAAGUACCCGAAGGUUGCUACAGAGAUAUUUAAUAAGAGGAAAUACAAGUAUAAUCCAAAUGAAAAGAUGUACACUAUUUUAAUAUAUGGAUGGUGCAAGGUUAACCGGAAUGACAUGGCUCGGAAGUUCCUAAAAGAUAUGCUUGAUCAUGGGAUAGAACCCAACAUAGUUACUUACAACAUUCUUCUAAAUGGUAUCUGCAGACAUGCAAGUUUGCACCCUGAUUACAGAUUUGAUAGAACUGUUCAUUCAGCAGAGGAUGUCUUGAAGGAGAUGCGUGACAGGGGAAUUGAACCGGAUGUAACCAGCUACUCAAUCAUCCUGCAUGUUUACAGUCGUGCACAUAAACCUGAGUUGUGUGUCUGUAUGUUCCGCUCAAUGAAAGAUAGAGGCAUUUGCCCCACAGUGGCAACAUACACGUCUGUGAUAAAGUGCCUUGCCUCCUGUGGGAGAUUGGAAGAUGCUGAAACCUUGCUUGAUGAGAUGGUUGCUGAGGGAGUAUGUCCCUCCCCAGCUACCUACAAUUGCUUCUUCAAGGAGUAUCGGGGGAGAAAUGAUGUGAGUGGUGCCUUGCAACUGUAUAAUAAGAUGAAGCAACCUGGUUCACUGACUGCACCGGAUAUUCACACUUACAACAUAUUGCUUGGAAUGUUUAUAAAGUUGAAUCGACACGGAUCUGUUAAGGACAUUUGGAGCGAUAUGUGUGAAAGCACUGUAGGUCCUGAUCUUGAUUCAUACACCUUGUUGAUCCAUGGCUUUUGUGCAAGUCAGAAGUGGAGGGAGGCAUGCCAGUUCUUCAUGGAGAUGAUAGAGAAAGGUUUUCUUCCCCAAAAGAUCACCUUUGAGACGCUGUACCGUGGCCUAAUACAGGCAGACAUGCUUAGGACCUGGAGGAGGCUAAAGCGAAGGGUUGAUGAAGAAGCAGCAAAAUUCGGUGAUGAAUUCAAACUCUAUCACAUGAAGCCAUAUAAGAGGUGAUCUGUUCAUCAUCGGGUUGCUGCCACUGAAAAUUUGUUGUCCCUAACAAAAUAGUGCAGUUGUGACCGAUGCUGAUUUCUUGAGCUCGAUCUGUGGGGAAUGGUAGUGGAGGAGCUGGAGCAGGGUCUCUGGCACCGAGAAUGCAAGAUGCCAGUGGAGUCCAUAAAUAUGCUCAACAAGGGGUUGCACGACAACAAAGUGUGCCUGGGUCGUCACAUGCGACAUCACCUUAUGGUGUUUGCAACCUUUCGUGCUGCAGGAGUUCUCCAAUACCACGGUGAUGAUGGUGUUUGCAACCUUUCGUGCUGCUGGAGUUCUCCAAUCUACACAUCAAGGAUGGGAUCCUGGAGCUGGGGGUGGUUUCGGUGAUCACUGGUUUUGACUCACACUGAGGCAACUUGGACUUUGGCACUUAUCAUGCCAGUGACCGGGCUCGUUGAUGCAGGCACCGGCGGCCUUGCUUAAGGUUCCCAUUGGAACAAGACAGAGGCCAGGGCCGCAUCCAAUCACAACAAUGGCUGCUGCCACUAUGAUCAAGACUACGAAAAGUUUCCUCUACGGCCCUUACAUGCUGCCGGGCCGGCUCCACUCUGCCAAAGUGCUAACCCGACUCAAUUGGACUUCCCACACCGCAUUGCAGCUUCCACGCUUCAAAAUUAACCAUGCCAUGCAGCCAAUCGACGCCAGCAAGCACGGCCAGACAGGGAUGGAAAAUGAAAAAUAGAUAUCUGAAUUAUCCAGCGUUAGUAUCAGUUAAAACUUUAUUAAUAUUGAUAUCUAUAUUCUUAUCGUGGAUACUAAAUGAAUGUAUUGUAAUUCGUUUUUCAGUUUUCUCUGUUCGAUUCUAAAUCUGUAUUCUAAAAAAUAUUGAAUAUCCGUUCGUAUGGAAGAACAAUGUAUGAUGAAUCUAUUUAAAAGUUUUAUUUCUAUAAA